AUGACUGAUGCUGUUGCAUUUCGUUCAACGACAGACAAAUCAAAUGUUAAAAUAAGUAUAGAAGAUCUUAAUUUUGCAUUACUACAUGGUGAAAAACUCGAAAAAUUACCCGAUAAAAUUGAAGUAAAUGUAGUUUAUCGUCUUGCACUUGCAUCAAAUAUUAAAGGAAAUCUUGAUAUUGCAACAAAACAUCCACAUGGAAAUUGUAAAUUAAUGAACGCACAUGUUUUACAUCAUACACCACAAUCAACAAUUCAGCAAAUCGAUCAACUUGUUUCAAAAAUGUCCGGUGCUGCUGCUUAUAAAACAUUAGUUGCCGCAAAUGGUGGUAUUGAUAGUCCACGUAAUGCAUCACAAUGUAAUUAUAGACGUCAAAAAUACUUGAACAAUCAAAAAAUUAGUCAUGAUGAACUUAGUAAUGUAAUUCUUCUGUCAUACGAGCUGAAUGAAUUUUAUAAAUUACUUCAAUUACAACCGGAAACAUUAAUUAUAUUGAUGCAUGAUCAAAUGAAAAGUCAGCUUCUAAAUCUUCUUAGAAUAACAAAAGAAAUAGUACCUUUAUACUAUGAAACAACAUUUUUUCUUGGUGAAAUUUAUGUUUCUAUACUUGGAUUUCGAAAUGUAAUCUUUUCCGAACGACCAAUACUUCCACUUGCAAUUCUUAUGCAUGACAGAAAACUUCAAUCAGGACAUGAACGUUUUGUACAAAUCCUGAACAAUGAAUUACCAAAUCUUCAUAAAAAUUGUAUUCUUGUAACUGAUGGUGAAGAUGCACUUAAAAAUGCUUUUCGAAAAUAUUAUCCAAGAAUGUUACAGUUGCGUUGUUGGAAUCAUGCUAUGAAUGAUAUAAAAGCUGCUGCUAAAAAGUAUUUUUUCAUUGAACAACAAAAGAAUGUUGUUGCUGAUGCUGAUGCUCAGAUGAACAGAAAGGAAAUUAUUGAUGGUGUUAUCGAUGCAAUUAAAACUCUUUUACGUGCAUCAUCUUACAAUGAAUUUCGUGUACAGUAUGAAAAUAUAUCUUUACAUUGGCCAAAACGAUUUGUUGAAUAUUUUGAAAAAAAUACUUUACCAAUUAUUAAUGAGUUAGGUGGAUGGUCAGGUCGAAUGUUUCAGUUAUUUGAUGAAGUUUCUGGAGUAAAGAACAACCCAAUUGAAAGUUUAAAUGCUGUGUUUAAACGUUGGCUUUCUUGGAAAGAAUUAUCAUUAUAUGCAUUAGUGCAGAUGUUUUUUUUUGUUUUGGAAUUUUAUGUGAAUGAAUUUAGACGUAGUCUUUGUUCGUAUGGUAUGUAUACGAGCUGUCGGUCUGUUUUAGCGUUUUUUUUAGAACGUGUCUUCUGUUGGUUUUUGUUUAUUAUAUGUGGUUAUCAUUUACAAGCAGCAUACAAUGAUGCAAAAACUGAUGUUGCACAUUUAACUCUUGUUUCUGGAUUUUCACCUGAUGAGGUUGUGGCAAAAAUAAAGUCUGCUAUGCUUAAGCAACCAACACCUGCAAAUGAUGAUAAUCCAGCAUUUGGUAGUACACAAAAUCAAGCUGGCAUUAUCAACUUGAAUGAUAUGAAGGAUGAUUCUGACAAUAACAAUUCUAUUGAAGUUAUGUGCAAUAAUGAAUCAAUUAUCAAUCGUCCAUUGUCUAAUAAUCAAACUUAUAUUAAUGAUAUUCGACAAGAAAAAUUAACAAAUACUAGUCGAGCUAGUCUUCUUCUUGAACAAAAUUUGGUACAAUAUCAUGCUGAUACAAAAGUAUUUACUGUUCGAUCUCUUGAUCAUUUAUUAGUUCAUGCCGUUCACAUGAAUGAUCCAAAACGUCUUUUCCGAUGCUCAUGUCCUAAUACUUUACUAAAUUGUUCACAUGUACUUGCUGUGAAACAAUUCCUAGGUAUGUCAUUAGAUAAACGUGAUAAUCACGUUAAUCUCGGUCAUGAAAGAAAACGAAAACGAAUCGACGAUAAGAUUAAAAAAGUCGGUGGUAAAUGUCCACGUCGAUGUGAUAAAGAAUCAAAUCAGAAAUAUACAUCAUCACAUUUUUCUUCAAAACAAAAUAAUGCCACAAAUGCUGUUGAAACACGUCGAGAUGAUAUUAUUUCAUUUCCGUUGAAUCCAUCGAACAAUCCACAAUUUGUCACACGUACACUAACAGAUAUAUCAAAUUUACCAUCGUCAUCAACAUCUAAUGUUACUACUACACCUAAAGUUAUAAAAGCGAUUCGUUUUAUUACACCAGUCAAUCUUAUUGUUUCACAACAGCAAUCAAAUCAAGCUGAAAUUUAUUCAGAUGAAUGUCUUUUAGAUGAACUGUAUUCCAAAGUGAAACAAGCAUAUGUUGAUGUAAACAUACCAGCAGUUUAUCCAACAGCGAAUAAACAAUUACAACAACGACUUAGUGACUUUGUUUCUAAAGAAGAAUUUAUCGUAUUACCUAUCGAUGACGAAAUUAAAGUUGUCGUCUCGUCAUUUAUUCAUGCAUAUGAACAAACUGGUUUUAUUGAAUCAGCUCCUAAAUGCUAUGAACGGCUACAUAAUAUUUAUGCUAUUUCGAAUAAAAGAAUUCGAAUUGUUCAACGUACAUUAGCUAAAUUUAUUGUUUCAUCUUUUGUUAAUGAUGAAAAUGAAAAUGAAAAGAAUGAAGAUGAUAAAAGUCGUGAUGAUAAAAUUGAAUCUGGUAAAGGUAGUGAUGAUAAAAUUGAAUCUGGUAAAGGUAGUGAUGAAACAAUUGAAGGUGAUACAAGUCAAAAUGAUAAAAUUAAAUAUGAUAAAAGUUAUGAUGAUAAAAUAAAAUAUGAUAAAAGUCAUGAUGAUAAAAUUGAAGAUGAUAAAAAAUAUUAUAAGCAACACAGGAAUGUGCUCAAAUUUAAUCAAAGUGAAAACGUUCAUAUUUCGCCACAUUCAACAUCUCAUGUAUCGAUUAACACACGUUCGAAAACGAAAUUAAGCAAAGAUCAAAAUAUUCGAUCAUCUGAACGUGAUCUUGAAGCUGAUAAAAGAAAAAAAAUGAAACGUUAA